GUUUCCUUCUUUUUCCCACUUUUUCCCACAACUGGCAGCUUAUUGGCUGAUUCUGCUGGUAGUUAUCCCACUUCAUAUCCACUUUCACCUUAUUGCUCAGUUUGAGCUGAAACAGCUGAUGACAGAACUUGAUGAAGUGAAGAAGGAAAACCAGCAGCUGCAUGAGCAGAACGUCCAGGUUCACAACAUGACACAAGAAAAAGAAAUCCUGAAGAUAGAACAUGAUAAAGUAAAGAAUACAAACCAGGAGCUGCAGAAAGAGAAGAAAAUCCUCACAGAACAAAUACAAACUAUGGAGAAAACUUGGAAUGAGCAGAACGUCAGUCGAGCUCAGUGGAGCGUUGAUGAAUAUUGUCCUAAAGAAAACAAGAGAAAGUGUAGUCCUUGUCAGAAAGGCUGGCUCCUAUCUCAGUCCAGCUGCUAUUCAUUUAAUAAUGCUGAACCUCCGAAUCAGAAAACCUGGGAAGAAGCACGAGAAAUCUGCAGAGGAAAGAUUUCAGAUCUGACUGUUGUUGGUGAUGAAGAAGAAAAGAAGUUUGUUAAAGACAAAAGUUGGGUUAAUAAAAACAUUACAGGAUACUGGAUUGGCCUCAGAGCUGAAGGAGGGAAAUGGAGAUGGAUCGAUGGAAGUGAUCUGACCAAUCAAGCCUGGAUACAGCAGCAGCCUGCAGUUGAUGGUCAGUGUGUAACUUCUCUCAGGAACAGAGAAUGGAGAUCAGAGAGCUGUGAUGAAAAUAACGCAUGGCUCUGUGAGAAGAAGGCUUUAUCUGUUUAGACAUGAAAUAUUCUGGGACUGUCCUAAAUGCAAAUAAAUUAAAAGGCUUCACAGAUCUUUUAUGUAAAAUAUUGUUGUUUUUUUAACAAAACACCUUGAACUGUAAAAUAGCUUUUUAAUGCAUCUCAUAUUUAAUGUAACAAAUGUAGAGAUUAUAAAGCGAAGCCUCAUUAAAGACACCAGAAUUUAGAAAAGGGUUUUACUGGCACACAACAUCAGUUUAUAUGAAGUAUUUUGAGUUUCAAGGUUUUUCUGUUUAUUUGUCUGUGCUGCAAUAUUUACAGUUUAUUAACAGGUCCUGAAAAAACAACAGACAUGAUUCUGUUUCAUGUUUCCUGAACCUUUUACUCAGAAUUUGAAUGAUUUUCACUUAUAACCAUGAUUGUAUGAGCCCCACUUUGUGUUUAACUUUCUUUAAUGGAUAGAAUCAUGAGUAGACAUAUUUAGAUGUUGCUGCUUGUUUAAAGAUGUCAUAGAGAAUAUAAAUAAUAUGUCACUUUUCCCCUUGUCAUUUUUCUGUCACAUUGCUCAUCAAACAUCUGUGAGGCCUGAUUUUGUUCCUGAGCUGCACAAAGAUGAUCAUAAUUCUGUUCACAUUAAAGCAAACAAUCUGGGUUUGGAAGUAA